AUGGUGUUUCUUCUUUUCCUUUACAUCCAAACAAUAAAUUCUCAAUUAACAACGACAUCAACACCGACUUUUCUCUACGGCUGUUCAUUUGUAAAUAGAACGUACUUAGCAAGCGCUGCUGUUGCGAAUCAAUUUCAAUUUGUCAAUUCAUCAUCUGUUAAACUCAUAGCUAGUUAUUCGUUUCUAUCGUCGACAGCAUCGAUCUCAACAUUUGAAGUCGGUCUUAUUUAUCCAUUUUCCACAUCAACGUAUCUUGUUCCAUUUCCGAUAAUACUCGAUUGUGGAUCCAUUGUCAGUUCUUGUCAAUUACAAACUGUUGCCGGCUCCACACUAACUUCACGCUACUCCGAGCCGAUCGUUGUUCCCCUAACACCAUUCAACUAUUCAUCAAGUUCAAUAUCACUCAAUCAAAUGGGCCUUUAUCUCCGACAAGGACAAUAUCAAUUGAGUAAUUGUUCGAUUAAUAAUGGUCAAUACAUGACGGAUCCUCAAACGAUCUUCAAUAUUGAAAUUGAUUAUGAAAAACCUGUUGGCACUCUUUGUAAUCCAUUAACUGAUACUUGUGGCUCGUCAUCGUUAACAACUUGUUCUUCAACAUUAUCGACAUGUACUUGUCUUUCAGCGAAUUCCCUCGUUUCCUAUUCGAAUUCGUUCUAUUGUGCUGAUACAUUGAACACAAGCGCUUGUACGAUAUUUCCCACACGUUGUAUCACAUGGUGUAACUCAACGAGCAAUUAUUUAUGUAUUUGCCCAAGUGAUACAUUAAAAAUUCAACGAAAUAAUUCAUAUGUUUGUGAACUACCGGUUGAUUCAACCAAUUGUUCAAAUACUGAUACUAUUCGACGAUGUCCAUUCGGACAAAGUUGUUUGAAUAAUCAAUGUACGGACGAUGCUAUUAUAACAACCACAAAAACAACUAAUGCAAAUAGUUCUUCGGAUUUACCUCUUCGUAUUGUGCUUGGUAUCAUCGCUGGUCUUCUUGGCACCUCGAUUCUAGUUCUGAUAGGUGCGUUCUGUUGGGUACGUCAACGGCAUAAACAUCGACGUGCUGUGGCAGAAAAGUCUCUCUCAUCAUUGUCUGUCACUCCAUCGUCUGCAAUUUACAUGUCUCCGACCCUUCAAAAACAACAACAACAACAACAACGAAGAACGUCUCUAUCCAAUCAAAUCUACCAACUACCUAAUAACAGUCACGAUGAAAUCUUCUCUCCGAUUUAUCGCACCAAUUCAUUUCGUCAGGCCAUUCGUUCAGGUUAUCAUAGAACAAGUCAAACUAUCGAACACGUUUCAGCUAAACGAGAUAGUUUCAUCGACAAAUCUCCUUACGAUAAAGAAUACUUAGAAUCUGCGAAUUACAGUACAUUACAAUAUAUCACUCCAACCCAAACUACACCGAAUCAAAAGUCAACUCAGAAAAAUAAUCAUAAUAUUUAUCAAGUUUUCCUUCCACCAUCUUCACCUCCGAUUCUUACACAUCAUGUUUAA